AUGUAUAUUCCACAUUACUCCACUCUGCACCCUCCAUUCUGCACUACUCCAUGCCUCUCCACCCCGCACCCCUCCAUUCUACACUACUCCACUCCGCACCUCCCUUCUCCACACUACUCCAUACCUCCCCACCCCUGCACUCCGCACCAGUCCAUUCUACACUACUACACACCUCCCCACCACUGCACUCCACAUCUCCCCACUCCCCACCACUGCACUCCACACCUCUCCAUUCCACAUUACUCCACUCCGUACCUCUCCAUUCUACACUACUCCACACCACUUCAUUCCAUGCUACUGCACUGCACACCUCCCCACCUCUCCAUUCCACACUACUCCACACCUCUACACUCUGCACCUGUCCAUUCCACACCACUGCACUCUGCACCUCUCCAUUCCACACCACUGCACUCCACUCCACAUUACUCCACUUCACACCUCCCAACUCCCCACCACUGUACUCCGCACUUCUCCAUUCCACACCACUGCACUCCACACCUCUAUAUUCCACACCACUCCAUUUAA